AUGCAGGACAUCGUCAAUAAAGCUCCCAGGAAGACGAUUAGACACAUCGACGAACACUUGUGGCAUGUAGGUCCCAGUCAGAUAAGAUCAAAUCUAUCUAUCUAUCUAUGUAUCUAUCUUAGUCUGUUCAUAUCUCUCACACUCCCUAUCUAUCUAUCUCAGUCUGUUCAUAUCUCCCUCUCUCUCUAUCUAUCUCAGUCUGUUCAUAUCUAUCUCAGUUUGUUCAUAUCUCUCCUUACUUACUUAUCUAUCUAUCUAUCUAUCUAUCUAUCUAUCUAUCUAUCUAUCUAUCUAUCUAUCUAUCUAUCUAUCUGCUCUGUUUAUGCAUCCCUAUCUAUCUAUCUAUCUAUCUAUCUAUCUAUCUAUUUACCGUAUGAUGAACAAAGUUAUCUACCUAUCUAUCUAUCUCAUUGUGUUCAUAUCUAUCUAUCUAUCUAUCUAUCUAUCUAUCUCAUUGUGUUCAUAUCUAUCUAUCUCUCUAUCUAUCUAUCUAUCUCAUUUUGUUCACAUCUAUCUAUCUAUCUAUCUAUCUAUCUAUCUAUCUAUCUAUCUAUCUAUCUAUCUCAUUGUGUUCAUAUCUAUCUAUCUCAUUUUGUUUAUAUCUAUCUAACUAUUUCAUUGUGUUCAUAUUUAUCUCAUUUUGUUCAUAUCUAUCUAUCUAUCUAUCUAUCUAUCUAUCUAUCUCAUUGUGUUCAUAUCUAUCUAUCUAUCUAUCGAUCGCAUUUUGUUCACAUCUAUCUAUCUAUCUAUCUAUCUAUCUAUCUAUCUAUCUAUCUCAUUGUGUUCAUAUCUAUCUAUCUCAUUUUGUUUCUAUCUAUCGAACUAUCUAUCUCAUUGUGUUCAUAUUUAUCUCAUUUUGUUCAUAUCUAUCUAUCUAUCUAUCUAUCUAUCUAUCUAUCUAUCUAUCUCAUUGUGUUCAUACCUAUCUAUCUAUCGAUCGCAUUUUGUUCACAUCUAUCUAUCUAUCUAUCUAUCUAUCUCAUUGUGUUCAUACCUAUCUAUCUAUCUAUCUACCCAUCUCAUUGUGUUCAUAUCUAUCUAUCUAUCUAUCUAUCUAUCUAUCUAUCUAUCUAUCUAUCUAUCUAUCUAUCUAUCUCAUUGUGUUCAUAUCUAUCUAUCUAUCUUGUUUUGUUCUAUCUAUCUAUCUAUCUAUCUAUCUAUUGUGUUCAUCUAUUAUCUCAUUUUGUUCAUAUUUAUCUAUUUAUCUAUCUAUCUAUCUAUCUAUCUAUCUCAUUGUAUUCAUAUUUAUCUAUCUCAUUGUUCAUAUUUAUCUAUUUUAUUCUAUCUAUCUAUCUAUCUAUCUAUCUAUCUAUCUAUCUAUCUUAA